AUGUACCGCAUACCGGAGGGCCAGCGGUGCGUCCUUCUGCUGGACGGCCCCGAAAGUACCGAUGUAAACACGGACACCAUCAGGCAGGAUCCUCCAAUUACUGCUUCAGCGUCCUGCCCGGAGCCUCUGAAGCCGCGUGCUACGUCCACGCAGUCAUCAUCAAUCGCACCAACUGAGAACGAUCCACGGGACGUCGUGCUGCAUUCGGACGGAUGCGCGGUUGCUCUCCAUCUGUCCGUUUUACAGGUCCGCUGUCCAGGGCUCUACAAGCAGUUGCGGCAGCUCCGCCACUUGUCGGAGGCCAAGAAUGGAGAUAUCUCCCUCAAGGUGAUGGAGAACGAGGAAGUUUGCGCAUUGCAGAACCAGCAGCAUGACGCUUCGAAGUGUCCACUUCGUGACUAUCAAUCUCUACGUCUAGACUACGUACGUUGUGCUGUUCACACAUGUCGCCGUGGACAAAUUAGUGGAGAUACUGGAAGCCAGAUCUCCAGUUCUCGAGACAGCCCUGUUAUUACUCAGCGGAGGAAGAGACUGCGACAGGAUCCUGAUGCAAUGACGGACGAAAACCAACCGCCCAGUGGACAUUGUGUCGUCCAGAAGCCACGGCGUGCCAGGAGUUUGUUCAGCGAGGCGGACGUGCUGAGUCCAUUGACUCUUUCUAGUUUGGAACAACUGGAUCAGCAACGAGGGGCGAUGCACGUCAAAAUCGAAGGGACUAAUAUCGACGCUGUUGUCACGUGCAUUGAGUAUAUCUACCGGUUCAAGGUGAGGAUGGUAGAGGAGAGCAAUGCUAUGGAGGCAGUGAAGCUAGGACAAAUGCUGGGGAUGAGACAUACAAUGCUGUAUUAUUGCCUUGUGAUAGCUAUUCGACACGUCACUACGAGUACGUGGAUGCAGAUCUUGUUGGCAGCUUCGACCUUGCCAGAUCCAGUGAUGCGUCGGAUCUUAUGUGAUCGAUUACUGGAUUUCGUCAAGGCGUUGGAACCUGAACAGUACUACGAUGCUUUAACAGAUAUGCCGUGUAUGUGUAUCAGUCGAUUGAAGCACCACGACAUUCUGGUUCGAGCAGUGGUGGGACUUAUCAAUAACGUCCGAGUCGUGGAAUUCUGGAGAAAUUUGCUGGAUGCACUGAGCCAGUGGCUGAGCUAUCGCUUCCAGACGCCUCACCCGCCCUCUCUUCGCGCAAUGCACCGUCACUUUGCCCCGGAAUGGAAACCGUGCAUGGAAAUAGAGCCCGUGAAACUCGAAGUGAAAGCUGGAGAGGGCAACUUGUUCACGUUGCUUGAGUUUGGUAAAUUUCAGCUCCAAGUUCGCAUCGAUAUCACAGAUGAAACGCCAAUUCUGUGGCGGAUCAUCCGGUCUUCAUCGCCUCAGCUGCUUACUGCCGAUCGGGACGACUAUACUGCGUUUGAUAACGACCCUCAGUUCUGGCUACGUGGCCAAAUGAAGGUCAAGUACUGGCGUGCUCAGCCAAACCGUGCAGAGGUUUUCCAAGAGAUUAUCAUCGAGUAUCAGCAUUGCCGCGACCAGUACAGCCAAUGGUGUGACCUCGUACCUCCUUCGCCUUCAAGCUUAGCUCCUGAUGUUUCAACCGCAGCAUUUCAGCCUGAGAGUACUGGAAAAGCGCAAUUUCGAGGCAAGUUUUUCAUUUGGGGUGACCCCGUAUGCAGCAUGUACCAUUUCUUGCUACAAACAACGCUCUUCUACUCGGCCCCGUUUGGGUCAUCGACUGAGUUGUCAGAUCUGAUGGUUGUGUCCGAGAUGCAGCGAUUGCCAUUGGAAACACUCGUGCUUGUACUGCAAAGUGAUCGUCUACGUAUCCCCGAAGGAGAGCGAACCUUGUUGCGAUGCCUUAAUAAGCUGGUGUUUGGCAAGAACUUUAACUACCUUGGUAGUUCACCCAAGCAAGAAACUCACCAGUACAAUGGCCGCGCGAAAGACGUGAUUUGUCUGUACAAAUGUGUUCGGUGGUGUUUUGUACCUCUCGACGACAUCAUUGGGACUCUACAGCGCUCUCCUCGAGAGCUCAAGUUCUACGAGUUGAUUGAAAAGGGUCUACAGGACACUUUCCGUCGCUUCUUGCGUCGACGCCCGUGGGGAUGGCGAAAGUACCGACACGCGUACAUGAAGAAUGAGACGAAUGUGAUCGAGUUUAGGAUCGAGGCCGGAGAGAACAAACUGUCGCCGGAGAAUUUCCCACGCGUUUUGAAACCUGAGCCAAGUUCCCAAGAUUCGUUGAUCAUGAGUCCCGAUCCGGUUUACCCGCCACGUUCGUUAAAUGUGCUGUAUUAA